AUGGCAAAUGAAGAUGAAGAACCAUCGCAGGAAUAUGUGCGAUGGAAAAAACGAUUGAAUGGACAUAUAAGUCGAGUCAACUCAGCGAAAAAUGAACAAAAAAAGUGAGUUUAUUUCCCGAAAAACCUUUGAUUUUGGUCGAAUAAUUUUGAUUUUGCAGAAUUCGAGAAAAUCUUUUAAAGUUAGAGAAUUCGAAAAAAUUACAACAACGAAAUGAAGAUUCGAAUGCAAUGGAGUCAUCAAACAAGGUUUCUAAAUACACUUCAGUUUAGUCACAGUCAGCACUAAAUUAUUCUCAAAUAGCACUCAUUGUCAGAAUAUUAGUCCCGAGAUGAUCUAACUCAGUUUUGGCGGCUCCGCUACCCAGUUGGAAUGACAUUCUAAAGAAUUAAAAAAGUCGAAAUUAGUUUUGACCAAAACACUUCUAUGGAUGAUCCAAAUAUAUAUUUUUACCUACGGUAAUUGGCAAAUUAGUGCUGUAUGUAAUUGUGCAUCACAGUGUAUAUGUGUACCAGAAAUGGUUCUCUGCGCUUUUCGAACAGUUUAAAUGCAUUUAUUAUUAGUGCGAGUUUUCCGAAUUUAAUUUCGCUAAAACAGGACACAGAAGCUCAAAAUGUGUACUAAAUAACUGUUAAAACAACUUAAAACUAAUUUCCAACUGGGUAGCUGUCUUUUACGGGUACAAACAGGUCGAUUACGGGAUACUACUUCCGUUACGGACUCGUCAUGAGUAGUUUGCGAAAUCCGUGUAAAAAUGUGACGUGCCUAGCGCAGUGGUAGAGCGUUCUAUUUGUGGUCAAGCCAUGCGGGUUCGAUAUUUUUUGCACCAUUGUUUGUUUGUUUUUUUUGGGGUCACUGUAGAUUAAACAAAACAAUCAAUUCAUGCAUUAAUUUUUUCAAAGAAGUAUAUAGAUAGAGAAAAAAACUAGGAAAAUUAAAAACAGCAAUGGAAAUCUUAAAGAAAAGGUUGAAAAUAGAAAACAUUAUCAUUAAAAAAAAACCUUAGAAACCCUUGGUGAAAAAUAUACGUAAUUCAAAUGGUUGCAACCGCCGAAUUCAAAAUUCAAAAUAUAAUUGUUUACGACUUUCCUGCGUAUUAAUCAUACUGUUUCCAACACUUUGUCCUGGAUUUUCAUUGACGCAUUCAAUAUUCCUCGUUUUUUCUCUACCUCUAUACCUUUUCAAACAUUGUUGCAUGAAUUCGACCUUUUUCUUGAAACUACAGUAACCCAAAAAUAAACAAAAAAAUUGUUGCAGAAAAUAUUGAACCCGCAAUGCGUGACCACAAGUCCAACGCUCUACCACCGCGCUAGACACGUAACUUUUUGAUUUGAAGUGUUGUGUAAAAAAGUUUCCUUGAAAGAUUCAAAUUUUUCAGGAAGUUGCCAUUUCUGGUGAUAGUGAGACAAUCAGAACUGUAUUUGGAGAAUCGUGUUCAAUAAGGCCACAAUCGCGUUUUGGAAUCGAUUGGGCAAAAUGGUUUCCACCUGUAACAUCGCGUACAUUUUUGUCGCAUUAUUUGCCUGCUUCUGGUGCCGCAUUUCAUAUAAUUUAUACAAUUCAUCUUUUCAGUCCCAACAUUAUCUCUGGGUUAGUUUUUGAUUCUGACAAUUUUUGGGAAGGAGAAUUUUUAGUGAGAUUGGAAGCUUAUCACAAUCCCCACAGUAGAAUUCUUGAAAUUGAGUUGGAAUGUAGAAACAUUUUAUUAAGAUUGUGUUAAGGACUUGUAGUAUCCUUAGCAGUAGAAGUACACCGGAAUAAAGAAUAGCUCAGAUUAUGAACUAACUACAACUGAAAGUGGAGGGUUUAAAUACUAGGAGAAUGACCUUCUAGAACAUUCUAGAAGGUCUAGAAUAAUCUAGAACAGGCCAGAACAUAAAAAGUGGGUCACGUACAAAAUUAAAUAUUCUCAGGGAAUCACGCGCGAAGUUUCCGCGAAUUGCAGGGCAAAAAUCUCCGCGAAAUCGCCGCGAGCGCGCGGCGAUUUCGCGGUUUGGGGUCACGCGUAUCGCGCAAACCUCGCGGUGCUCUGUCAAAAAUCAAAAAGUAGAGGUCACGCGAGACACAGCUAAACACUUAAAAUCAUACUCACUCGGCGGGACUCGAUCCGACACUCUCUGCUUCGUAUACAUCUCUCUUACCCACUUGACCAGCCUUGCGCUCGAGGCGUAACACUCAAAUGUGUUUCAUAUGUCUGCACUCUCGUCGACACACCCCGCGAAAUUUACGCGCAUACCACGCCCAACUUCGUGCAAAUUAACUUUUAAAAUUGGCGUUGUGGGUUUUGAAAAUUUUGGCGAGGUGAAAACAACCUUUUUGACUGAAAAAUACGACUUUUUUACGGAAAAACAAGCAAAAAUUUGCCGUUUUUGAAGAAAAUCUCAAAUUGGCGAGGUGAAUUGCCGUAUUUUUCUAUUGGCGCCGUGCAAAUGCCUCACCCUGGGCGUGGUAUGUUUACGCGAAUUGCAAACAUUUCCGCAUUUCGCGGAAAUUUCGCGACAUGAUGUUUUCAAUCGAGUCACUCCGCUAAAUUUGCGCAAUGUUCACCGCGAAGUUUCCGCAAAAUGCUGAAUGCCCGCAAAUCGCGGAAACUUCGCGCGUGAUUCCCUGAGUUAUUUGUAUAUACUAGAAGGGCUUCGCUGGCUAACGCCAUCUACAGUAGUUUGACUUACUUUUUCUGAUUAAUUUUCCGGUUAGGGAAAGAGAAACAUUGAGAAAUGGCUGAAAAUUGUUGACUUUUUCAGAGAAUAGAAAGAUCAGAUAAGAAACGUGUCCUUUAAUUUUUUUGGAAUAAAAACGUGAUCAUUCUUUUUUACAUGAAAAAGUUUUGAUUUUUCACGUGAAAACUCGCGCAUUUUUUGAAAAAUCGAAUAUUAGCGCAUCGACGGGAAAGAAUUUUGGAUCGAAUGGUGAAGGUCCCAUCAAAAAUGGUCUUCUGGAAAUUGAGAAAAGUCGAGCGACACAUUUUAAAAUUGAAAAAUACAUUGGAGUUUUCAAACUUUUCACUCUCCGCGCACUCACAGACAUUUUGAGGGAGAAUUUUUGAAACGCGCAUCAUUGUGCCACCAUUUAGAAACUUUUUCUUUUUUUGAUCAUCAAUUUUUAUGCGCACAGUUUUGAGAACGGAUCGUGGACAGACUCUUGCCAAAAAAAUUUUCCCAAUUAGUAUAUAGUAGAAUAGUAGAUUAAUUUUCCUGAUUGUGUCCUGUUUUAUAUAUUUUCCAUCAGAGAAAAUUGGGUAAUUUUUUUUAGAAACUAGGGGACCCUGCACAGAAAGUAGGCGUGUUCCUUUGAUCAAUUCAGUUGAAUCUGUUAAAUUUGCAUUUUAGUAAAUAAAUCUAACAAUGUAAGGGUUUCGAAACUAAGCAUAUAGUUAAAAAGAACGUUCUUCAAAUUUAUGCGUUUCGUUAAGAAAGUAAUAACUGUUUAGGUUAGAAAAGUUCAAACCGGGUCCCCAACAUCCAGAUAUUUUUUUUCUGCCUAGUCUGCAGUGAGAAAAGUGGGCUCUGAACGGAAAAAGAGGGGUUUAGGAAGAAAAGAGCGGGGUAGCUUUUGCUCAGAAUUUCGAGCAUAAUCUGAUCCUUGCGUUUAAAUUUUAUGAAAAGUGAAAAUAUUCCCACAUUUGAGAGCAUAAAGUCUCGAAAAGCCCUCUUUUCCGUCAAAACCUCUCUUUCUUUCAAAAACCCCUCUUUUUCUGAAAACCCCUCUUUCUUUUCUACACCUCUCCUUUUUUCCUAAACCCCUCUUUUUCAGCUUAGAGCCGAAAAGUGUGCCUUUUUUGUUUCAUUUUAUCGCCUGUGUGUGGGGUUCCUUAUAAAAAAUUGAAGUUAGUGUUCACACAAUUGAGAGGUGUUCAUUUUUAACGUUUUGUAUAGGAUAGAUUGAGAAGAAUUAUUUAACCAAAAAAGUUACAGUUAUAAUACAGAAAAAAGGAGAAACCCCUAGAUUCCUGUUUCCAGGUAGUGUUUCCAGGUAGCUUCUCCCCCCCCCCGCCGAAAUGAUAACUUCGAAAAAUCAUCCUCAACACUAAUUUUUUGCAGUUUGUUCUCCACCAGUGAUCUUGCUGUCAGUAAUACGAUUCUGUUCACUGCGAACGUUGGGCUCGGUUUCUACGUGUAUUUCAGAAGACAUCUGCACCGUGUCAAUCUAUGGGAAAGACUCGAAUUCAGUGUUUUGACAUCGACUCUUUUCAAUUUCGUAAGUUCGCGUGCCGCCGUUUCGUUCAAAGCAAUUUUUCCGGCAAAGUGAGUUUUGUGUCUUGAAUUCAAAGGAACCAAACUAAUAAGAAGUUCAUUUAGUUCAUUUCAGAACACAAACAUGGCUCAAAACAUUGUUUGCAACAUCGCUCAGUGUCUAUCUUUUGUCAAGAGCUUAUCGUCAUUUGGCGAUUUUGGAUGCGAAAAGUUCAAGACCUUCUGAAGCAAAUGAAGUGUUCACAAAGGAGUUAUGA